UGCAAACAGUGCUGCAGUUCGUUUGAGAAUUAUAUUUGCCGCCAUACUACUAGGAAGUUAGCUUAUUGACAGGCCCAUAAGGAAACGCGGUCGCAAUUUUAGCAAAGGAUAGACGACUAUUCGUGAAACAGGGAAUAACAUGACAUUCAAUCCGAACGAGCAUCAGCAUUUAAGAUACAACCCGUUGAAGGAUGAAUGGGUUCUGGUAUCUCCACAUCGCGCGUUGCGCCCUUGGACCGGCCAAACCGAAAAACCUGCCGUGGAAAAAGUACCGAGAUUCGAUCCGAGCAAUCCUUUGUGUCCUGGAGUCAUUAGGGCUUCCGGAAUUCAAACCCCCAAGUACGAGUCCACGUACGUCUUCACCAACGAUUUCCCAGCUCUCUUAGAAGAGGGCCCUGAACCCGAACAUUCCGAUGAUCCUUUGUUCCAAACCCGAGCCGCCAAGGGCACUUGCAGGGUUAUUUGUUACCAUCCGCACUCCGAUGUUUAUUUCACUAACCUGUCCCUUGGGCAAGUGGUAGACAUUAUCAGAGAGUGGAUAAACCAAACUAGAGAGUUAGGUAAGAGGUUCGUUUGGGUGCAACUGUUUGAAAACAGGGGUGCCAUGAUGGGCUGUUCGAAUCCCCAUCCCCAUUGCCAGAUAUGGGCGUCCAGCUUUUUACCUAACGAGCCAAGGAUUAAGGAGCUAAACUUAAGAAAAUACUACGACAAACACGGCAGACCGAUGCUGCAAGAUUACGUGAAAAGAGAACUGCAAAAUAAAGAACGAAUAGUGAUCGAAAACGAAGAGUGGAUAGUGGUAGUUCCGUACUGGGCUGUCUGGCCCUUCGAAACUAUGGUGCUGCCGAAAAGGCAGAUCCAACGUUUUACUGACGCGGACGGUGCGCAAAUCGAAACUUUGGCGAAAACUUUGCAGACAUUAGUGGCGAAAUAUGACAAUAUAUUUAAAUGUAAUUUUCCGUAUUCCAUGGGCUGGCACGGAGCACCUACCGGUGAGAAGUUAAAAGAAAACCAAGCGCAUUGGACUUUUCACGGAUUGUACUACCCUCCGUUGCUGAGGUCCGCGAGCGUGAAGAAAUUUAUGGUCGGGUACGAGAUGUUAGCGCAAUCGCAAAGAGAUUUAACGGCUGAGAAGGCGGCCGCCGUAUUGAGAGAACAGCCCGACUUAAGAUUCGAGUAGUUCACUUUUCGAAAAAUCUUUCAUUUUGUCGUCAAAAAUCGUCGGUAGAAGAAUAAAAAUUAAAAUCGUUUUUGUAUCAUUGCUGCAGAUUUAUAAGGUGCAUCGCGUGUAAUUAAGGAUAUUUUAUUUCACUUUUACACAGUACUUACACUUAGCGCUGUUUUUCAUUUGAAUCGUGAGAACUAUCGAAUCGAGGAACUGUUAGCUGCCAUGUUAAUUGUUGAACGCAUAAAGCUUUUACUAGCUAGUUUUUAUGGUUGACUAAGUUUAUAAGCCGCAAUAUUAAUAUAAAGGAUCAGUCAUAAUAUAGAAAAACAGCUUAAAUCUUUAACAUACCUUUAGUUUACUUACAAAACGUUAAAAACCAAUCAUCCGUUUUAGGGCCACUUAUAUACCUUCGGGGAUUUUUGCCAAGGUCUCACUUAAACUGAACACUAGUACCUACAAUACUGUCGUAUUGGAAGCUUUUUAUACUAAAAGAGAACUCCACUACAAGUCCUUUAUUUUUUCUGCGUCAUGAGGUUCAGACAUAAGCGCGCGAGAUAGCAGGCCGAGAGUCCCACAUUCUAACCUCUCAAGACCAUAGAAUAUGAACACCACAGACCACCGAACAACCCUGAUGCAACAAAUACUAUCAACUUCAAUCUUCAGAUUAAACUCCAACUGGCGGAUUGAAUGCCAGUUAAACUACAAUCUCUAAAUUUUCGCGUUCCUUUUUACGCCACUUUUGUUGUUUAUAACCUCAUUUUAAUUUUUUUUGCUGUAGGGAUAUUUUUUGAUAUUUUAGUAAUUUGAUACCGCGAUUGAUUAGACCAUCUACACAGCCAGAAUUUCCACUUCCCUAUUUCCUAUUUUGUAUCCUCUUAGUUUGUAAACUUGUUUUAUUAUUGCAUCCAUUACGAUGUUAAAAAGAAGCGGGCUUAAUGAGUCCCCUUGCCGAAUGCCAUUAUUUGCCAUUUAUUUUUGUUUGUGUAUUAUUUUCCGUGUUUAUAUUUUCAAUUAUUUUGAUGAUGUUGAAUGGAAUUUGUCGAUCGUAAAAAAGGUGUGUUAUAUCUUUCCAAUGUAUUCGGUCGUAGGCUUUCUGCAAGUCAAUAAAACACAUGAAGCCUGGUUCGUUGUAUUCGAUUGAUUUUUCUAUUAUCUGUCUUAUUACAAAGGUGGUAUCUGUGCAGGAUCUUGCUGAUCUAAAUCCCUGUUGCUCUACUGCUAGUGUGAUAUAUUCAUUAAUUCCGUUCGUUAUUAUCUUCGUAGUUAACUUCAAGGUCGCACAUAAUAAAUGUAUGCCUCUGUAGUGGUUUUUUUAUCUCCCUUUUUGAAUAAGAGAAGCAUAACACUAGUGCUCCCUUCAUCUGUUAUUCUAUGUUGAGAGAAAAUCUUCUUGAUUAAAGCCGUACUUAAGUACCUUCUUUGUGAUGUUAUCAUGACUCGGGCUCUUUCUGUUCUUUAAUUUUUGGAUUGCCUUUACUAUAUCUUUUUCUUCUAUAUCGUUCCCAUUACUUGUUAUUAUAUCU